AUGAAGAAGAAGACGAUGGCAAGCACCGCCAUCUCCCUCGUCUUCGCCGCUCUCUUCCUCUUCUCCUCCGUCCACUCCUUCUACCUUCCCGGCGUCGCUCCUCGCGAUUUCCAAAUUGGUGAUCCCCUCCCUGUCAAAGUGAACAAACUAUCAUCCACAAAGACUCAACUUCCAUAUGACUACUACUUCUUGAACUAUUGCAAACCCCCCAAGAUAUUGAACAGUGCAGAGAAUUUGGGAGAGGUUCUUAGAGGUGAUCGCAUUGAGAACUCAGUAUAUACGUUUCACAUGAGGAAGGAACGGUCUUGUACUGUUGUUUGUCAUCAAAUUUUGGAUGCUGAAUCUGCGAAGAGUUUUAAAGAAAAAAUUGAUGAUGAAUAUCGAGUGAACAUGAUUUUGGAUAACCUUCCAGUUGCUGUUCGUAGACAAAGGCGGGAUGGAAGCCAAUCAACAACUUAUGAACAUGGUUUUCGUGUUGGGUUCAAAGGAAACUAUCAAGGGAGCAAGGAGAAGAAAUAUUUUAUCAACAACCACUUGAGUUUUAGAGUCAUGUAUCACAAGGAUCCAGAAACUGGUUCUGCUCGUAUUGUUGGAUUUGAGGUCACCCCAAACAGUAUAAAUCAUGAAUACAAGGAGUGGAAUGACAAGAACCCACAGGUAACAACAUGCAAUAAAGAUACCAAAAAUUUGAUGCAAGGUAGCACAGUCCCACAAGAAGUUGAUACAAACAAGGACAUCGUAUUCACAUAUGAUGUUUCCUUCAUGGAAAGUGAUAUCAAAUGGGCAUCUCGGUGGGACACAUAUCUUUUAAUGAAUGACGACCAGAUCCACUGGUUCUCCAUCAUUAACUCUCUGAUGAUUGUUCUUUUCUUGUCUGGAAUGGUAGCAAUGAUCAUGAUGAGAACUCUUUACAGAGAUAUUGCCAAUUAUAAUCAGCUAGAAACCCAAGAUGAGGCCCAAGAAGAAACAGGGUGGAAACUUGUUCAUGGAGAUGUUUUCAGGCCACCAGUCAAUUCAAAUUUGCUUUGUGUUUAUGUUGGUACUGGUGUUCAGAUCUUUGCAAUGACAGUUGUGACAAUGAUAUUUGCUUUGCUUGGGUUUUUGUCUCCAUCUAAUCGGGGAGGUCUCAUGACUGCCAUGGUUCUGUUGUGGGUUUUUAUGGGCUUAUUUGCUGGCUAUUCCUCGGCACGUUUGUACAAGAUGUUCAAGGGCACUGAAUGGAAAAGGAAUACCUUGAAAACUGCAUUUAUGUUUCCAGGCAUUCUUUUUGCUGUCUUCUUUGUGCUUAAUGCUUUAAUCUGGGGGGAGCAGUCCUCCGGAGCAGUCCCUUUUGGAACCAUGUUUGCUCUAGUCUGCUUAUGGUUUGGUAUAUCAGUUCCCUUGGUCUUUGUGGGCAGUUACUUGGGUUUUAAAAAACCAGUAAUUGAAGACCCAGUGAAGACUAAUAAAAUUCCUAGGCAGGUACCUGAGCAGGCAUGGUAUAUGAAACCUGUCUUCUCAAUUCUUAUUGGAGGCAUUCUCCCAUUUGGUGCAGUGUUUAUCGAGCUCUUCUUUAUCUUGACAUCAAUAUGGCUGAACCAGUUCUAUUACAUCUUUGGCUUCCUGUUUAUAGUGUUUGUGAUCCUAUUAAUCACCUGUGCCGAGAUUACCAUUGUGCUUUGCUACUUCCAAUUGUGCAGUGAGGAUUACUAUUGGUGGUGGAGAUCUUACCUCACUGCUGGGUCCUCUGCUUUGUACCUUUUCUUGUACUCAAUUUUCUACUUCUUUACCAAGUUGGAGAUUUCAAAGCUGGUCUCGGGCAUCCUUUACUUUGGAUAUAUGAUAAUCGUUUCAUAUGCCUUCUUUGUGUUGACGGGAACUAUUGGCUUCUAUGCUUGCUUCUGGUUUGUUCGCAAGAUUUACUCUUCGGUGAAGAUUGACUGA